AGGAACAUCAGUCCGAAGAAGCCCCCCAACUUAAAACCCCCAAACCCCUUCCCGGCGGCGUCGGACCACCGCGGCCAUGAAGCGGAAGCAGAGAGCCCCGGCGGCUGCCGCCAACGCCGACCCCGACUCCGACGGCGAGGAGCCCUCCCAGACCCCGCUCCCCCUCGAGUCCUUCUCGGGAGACGCCUGCGCCGCCCUCACCGCGCGGUACGGCCGCUCCGCCGCCCCGCAGCACCGCCACCUCCUCGCCUCAGCCGCCGCCAUCCGCUCCAUCCUCCUCGACGACGGCAUGCCCCUUACCCCGGCGUCCUACCUCCCCGCGGCCGUCGCCGCCCUCCGUGCCGCUGGGCCUGCAGACCCCGCCGCCGCCUCUGCCCUCGCCUCUCUGCUUGCAAUCCUCCUGCCCCACAUCCCAUCCUCCCCUUCAUCCCUCCCGCCCGACGCUGCUUCUGAAUCUGCCUCCGCCCUCGCCGCCUUCCUCUCGUCCCCCGACGCCUCCCAGCUCCCGACAGGCACCGUGCGCUCGGUGGUCAAGUCGCUCGGACACUUGACCCUCCAUCUCGAUGCUGGAGCCGAUUGGGAUGCUGUGGCGGCUCCUUUGGAAGCUCUCCUCGCGGCUUCUGUGGACCAGCGGGCCAAGGUUCGAAAAUGUGCACAGGAGAGCGUCGAAAAACUGUUCGCUUACUUGGAACAGUGCGGUUGCGCGAAGAAAGCAAGCAAUGCUGCAGUUGGCAUGUUUGAGAAGCACAUUUCUUUGGCGCGAAGUCUUAUCAAUUCGAAUUCAGAUAUUUCCGAGGGUAAAGAGACAGAUGCAGCUCACAUGCUAGGUGCAAUGGUAACUUUAGUUCCAUAUCUAUCGAAGAAGGCAAGGAAGAAGGUGUUCUCGGAUGCUUAUCAGUUAUUGAGCCCCUGCUUUACACCACUUACAAGGCACGUUCUUAGGCUUUUGGCGGACUUGUUGGGUCAUCUGAAGGCUGAAACUGUUGAAUCCGAGGUGGAGAGUCUUGUAUCCUUGGUGGUUGCUUACCUGCCGUAUGAUGAGAAGAAGCCUGAUGACACCAUUGUCUCAGCAUUGUACCUAAUGAAAAGUUGCUUGGAUAAACUUGUUGGCUGCUCAAAAUUGUGGGUGGAGGUUCUUCCAACUGCCUUUGAGGCAGUUUCAGGAUACUUAACUCUGGGCAGAAAAUGUUCUGAUGAUGUAGCAAAAGUGGUGCAAGACUGUAUUGAUUCUCAUAUUGACCACAAUGUUUUUGUCACUAAUGGAUCACAGCUCAAUGAAUGCGACGCUGAGGAUUUGAGUGACCAAACUGCCAUGAAAUCAAUCUGUUUAACAAUCAAUAGCAGACUUCACACAUGUGCUUAUCCUCCAGAUAGUAUCUUAACCGUAGUCUUAGUUUUAUUUCUCAAACUUGGGGAGAGUUCUUUUGUCUUUAUGAAAGAUAUCCUACUUACCUUGGCACAGUUUGCUAUGAAAAUGGACAAAGAAUCACAACUAAAGAAUGUUCAAGAAUGCAUUGGAGCAGCAGUGGUUGCUAUGGGACCAUAUAAAGUCCUUUCAUUAGUUCCAAUAGCUUUUGAUGAAGACCGGUUGACAUGCUCAAAUUCUUGGCUUCUACCAAUUUUGGAUAAGUAUACAUAUGGAGCCCCGCUGCAACUUUUUCUAGAGCAUAUUGUACCCCUAGCAAAAUCUGUACAAAAUGCAUCUGACAGGGUCAAGAAAGGACGGAAACAUAAGGACUUGCAAUCAUGGACUGAUCAACUAUGGAAUUUGCUUCCUUCCUUCUGCCGCUAUUCGGUUGAUGUACAUCAUAGUUUUGGUUCCCUGUCCAAGUUGCUGGUUGAAAUUUUUAAAUGUGAUGAGUGCCUAUACAAAUCUGCUGCUAAAGCCCUGCAGCAACUUGUAGAUGGUACCAGAAGAUUGAGUAGCAACAGUCAAGAUGUUGAAAUCUAUAUGGAACUUUCAGCCUUGUUCUCCUCAAAACCUAUUAGUUUCAAAUGUCCACGUCUAGAGAGGUUCUCCAAAAAAGAAGCCCGCAAGGAUUUGAAAGUUCUAGCAUCACAUUCUGCCAAUCUUCUCUGCACUUUUGCAGACUAUUUCCUGGAGUCCUCACCAGAAAAACGUGCUCAUUUAAAGGUUGCUUUGAGAUGCCUGGCUCAACUUUCUGGCAGCACGAACAUAUGUGAACUUUUUGUUUCACUAGUCAAAAGGUUUGAUUUAGAAAAUACUCAAUUGGAGCCAGACAGUCAAGAAUGCAAAACUGAUGUAGAUAGGAAGGAUGAAGAAAGUAUUGAUACAACAGAUGAGCUAAACAAUAGGAGGUCUCUUCUAUUAGAUCUCAUCUCCACAUUUGCUGAAGUUGCUGAUGAAGAUCUUCUGGAUAAACUCUUUGGAUUUAUUAAGUCUUGUUUGCUGAACAGCAGCAUGCCUUGUCACAGCAAAGCUCUUUUAGCAUUAAGCAUAAUCGUGAAGGAACAUAAUGAAUAUUCUAUGGCUCAUUUGGAUGAAAUACUGCUUUUACUUCACGGAAUUAAACCUGCUUUGGAUAGAACAGUUUUAGAAAGCCAACUAUUAUGCUACCAGCAUUUGUUGGUUCACAUGAUUAAGGUUGAUGAAGAGAACACCAGCAAGAAGGCAUUCUUGAUUCUAAAUGAGUUAAUAGUGGCUCUAAAGUCUAAGAAGGAGAGUAGAAAAUUAGCAUACGAUGUGCUCCUGGCCGUUAGUGCAAACUUGAGGAGCUCAGAGUCAAAUAGUGCAGAUUCAGAUCUUCAACGAUUGUUUACAAUGGUAAUGGGAUAUCUUUCAACUCCAUCUCCUCACAUAGUGAGUGGAGCAAUUGCUGCAUUGUCAUUGCUUAUAUACAGUGAUGCUAAUUUUUGCAUGGAAGUUCCGAAUCUGAUACAAUCAGUUUUAGUUUUGCUGCAACAUAAAGCCAUUGAAGUAACUAAAGCAGCCUUGGGCUUUGUUAAGGUACUGGUAACCUCUUUGCAACCAGAAAAACUAUUGAAUUUGCAAGCAGAUAUCAUGAGUGGGAUACUACCAUUGUCAUCGAUUACAAAGCAUCAUUUCAAAUGGAAGGUUGUACUUAUAGUGGAAAUAUUGAUCAGAAAAUGCGGGUUUGAUGCUAUCAACUUAGUUACACCUGAUAAGUACAAAGACUUUGUUAAAAGUGUUGAGGAGGGUCGCAAAGGAAAUCAUAAUCUAGCUGAUGGUGCAGAGUCUGAGCCAAAAGAACAUGAACAACAUGACCCCAAAAGGAGAAAACGGGUUGAUUCUAAUGCUGAGGCUGGACAAGAAGGAACACCUAGUCAUCGACCACCAUCAAAGAGUUGGUCAGCUGGGAAGAAGCAGGCAAAGGAUUCUCAUUUCAAGAAAGGGGCAGGAAAAGGUAACCCCCGUCAUGCUGCAAAAAAACAUCAAGGUAAAGCUUCAGGCGACAGAGGCGAUAGGACUAAUUUCAAGUCCAAGUCCAAAUGGCAACCAGGAAAUAGAGGCGAUAAGUUGCGUGGCAACAACACAAAAUCUAGGGGUGGUGCUUUCAGCAAGACGCAAAAUAGUGGGACUAGAGCACCUGGGCACUCUCCUAGUUUCAAGAAGCGUAAAAGGACAGCUUGAGGUUUCACUUGCACCAUCCAGGUAGUGGCAGGCAUAGCUUGAAGAUAUGGCUCGGAGAUUGCUGCAUCAAGGCCAGCACUGUCCCAACAAGAUGCUUCCAUUUCCAUUUUGAAUCCACCGUUUUGUAAAGUAAAAUUUUGACCUGUAGGCGGAUUGAAUACCGUUGCAAUUCAUGUAUUUUGACGAACAUGUUAUCUGUCUCUUCUCAAUAGUGGAGAUAUCAGUUUGGUUAAAUAGACGGCAUCAGUCUGGUAGUGCUUGUUUC